UCAUCAGUCACCAAGAGCAAUGGACUAUUCAAUAUCACCUUUAAAUAUGACAACUGCACUCCUUACCUGAAUUCUGUGGGAAAGCACGUGAUUGGAGAUGUGCAGAAUAUAACUAUCAGCCAGUACGCCUGUUAUGAACAGGUUGCAGUGACGAUACUUUGGGCAGCAAAUGCUAUUGGGAUUGAAUACCUGAAAGGAUUCCGAGUAAUACUUGAGGAGUUAAAGUCAGAGGGAAGACAAUGCCAGCAGAUGGUUUUAAAAGAUCCAAAGCAACUCAGCCCCAGUUUUAAACGAACAGGAAUGGAAUCCCAGCCCUUUGUAAACCUCAAGUUUGAAACAGAUUACUUUGUAAAGAUUGUUCCUUUUCCUUCCCUUAAAAAUGAAAGCAAUUAUCACCCGUUCUUCUUCCGAACUAGACCAUGUGAAUUGUUACUACAGCCAGAAAACCUUGUCUGCAAACCUUACUGGAAGCCAAGGAAUCUGAACGUUACCCAACAGGGUUUCAACAUGCAAGUGUCUUUUGACCAUGCACCUCUCAACUUCGGUUUUAAAUACUACUUUCUUCACUACAAACUCAAGCAUGAAGGGUCAUUUAAGCAAAAAACCUGCAAACAGGAACAAAACACAGAUACUACAAGUUGUGUUCUUCAGAACGUAUCUCCAGGGGAUUAUAUAAUUGAGCUGGUUGAUGACACCAAUACAACAAGGAAAACGAUGCAUUAUGCACUAAAACCAGUGCAUUCUCCAUGGGCUGGACCGAUAAGAGCUAUUGCCAUUACAGUCCCUUUAGUUGUCAUCUCAGCAUUCGCAACGCUUUUCACAGUGAUGUGUCGCAAGAAACAGCAAGAAAAUAUAUAUUCCCAUUUAGAUGAAGAGAGCUCAGAAUCUUCAGCAUAUGCUGCAGGUCUCCAUGUGGAAAGACUUCAUCCACGACCAAAAGUGUUCAUCUGCUAUUCCAGUAAAGAUUGCCAGAAACACAUUAAUGUCAUCCAAUGCUUUGCAUAUUUUCUUCAGGACUUUUGUGGCUGUGAGGUGGCUCUGGAUUUGUGGGAAGAUCUAAAAAUUUGUAAGGAAGAUCAGAAGGAGUGGCUCGUUAAAAAAAUUAACGAGUCCCAAUUUAUCAUCAUUGUCUGUUCCAAAGGAAUGAAAUACUUUGUAGAAAAAAGGAACUGGAAGCACCGAGGAGUAACCAAAGAUGCAGGAAAAGGAGAAUUAUUUCUGUUUGCUGUGUUGACUGUUGCAGAGAAGCUUCGUCAAGCAAAGCAGAAUUCAGAUGACCUCUGCAAGUUCAUUGCAGUCUACUUUGAUUAUUCCUGUGAAGGAGAUAUCCCUGGUAUCCUGGAUCUAAGUACAAAAUACAAACUCAUGGACAAUCUCCCUCAGCUGUAUUCACAUUUACACUCUAGAGAUCAUAGUGUACAGGAUUCAGAGGUGUUUCCUGUUAACAUUAGUAAAAGGAAUUAUUUCAGGAGCAAAUCCGGGAGGUCUCUUUAUGUUGCUAUUUGCAACAUGCAUCAGUUCAUUGAUCAGGAACCAGACUGGUUUGAGAAACAAUUUAUUCCCUUCCCUCCACCUUCUUUACAUUACUCUGAGCCUGUCAUGGAAAAAUUUGAUUCAGGCUUGGUUUUAAAUGACUUAGUGAAUAAACAGGUGAUGGAUGGCGAUUUUUACCUGAAAACAGAUGUAAAUAUUAUUGCAGCAGGGAAUUCAGACUCUCAUUGUAUAAUUCAGCACUUAAACCUUGGAGAAGAUAUAGAAACUCAGGACAUUCAAGGUGGUGGCAGCUCUGUUCUUCAGCCAUUGUUGCAUGUUGUUAAAGCUUCAAAUCUUAAAGAUAUGCCUCGAGAUUCUGGAAUCUAUGAUUCAUCUGUUCCUUCAUCUGAAUUAUCUUUACCGUUAAUGGAAGGACUAUUGACAGACCAAAUUGAAACAUCUUCCAUUACAGGAAGUGUUUCUUCAUCUUCAGGUUUAGGGGAAGAAGAACCUCCUGUAAUCGCCACUACAAAGUUCUUAAUGCCUGGAAUAUGUAAAGCAGAACUUCAUUGCCAUAUCCAUACUGAUGAACUGCAGGCAAUUGCUCCUUUAUAA